AUGGAGGAUGGCACGCUUCUGUUUCCUGUGACGGCGAGGAAGAUAGGAGACAACAAAGCUGUGUCCAUGAUCAUUUAUUCGAAGGACGACGGCAAAAAUUGGGUGCUUCCACAUGGGAUGCUCCCCGUACGGUGCACUGACCCCCUCAUCGUUGAGUGGGAGCAGGGGCAGCUUGUCAUGGUUGCCAAAUGCAAUUUUCUUUUAAUGGUGUUUGAGUCGAGGGACAUGGGGGCAACGUGGAGGGAGGCUGUCGGGACACUGACACGCGUGCAUCCCAGGGUUUUUCCGAACUCUUUGCAAACAACUGAGAGAGUGGAGUCCAUCACCACUGCGACCAUUGCUGGAAAGAAGGUCAUGCUGUACACUCAGAAAGGGAUUCUCCGUGAUGACCCGUUGCAAGCCACCGCGCUCUACCUUUGGGUCACUGACAACAACCGCACGUUUCACGUCGGGCCCAUUUCCAUGGACCCUUACACGACACCGACGUCUGGCAACACCCUGCUCUAUUCGAAAAAUGCGUUGUACUUUUUACAAGAGAGGGGCGCUUUCAGGGCAAGCAGCCUGUUUCUUGCUCGUCUAACGGAACAGCUGAAGACGAUCACGUCCGUCUUGGAGACUUGGGCAAAACUGGACUCCUACCUCUCCGAGUUGUCGGUGCCCACGGCCGGUCUGGUUGGAUUUUUGUCGGAUGCAUCGGGUGAAGGAACGUGGAACGACGCGUACCGUUGUGUGGGUGCAACUGUGAGGAAUGCAACGAAGGUCGAAAAUGGCUUUAAUUUCACGGGGUCGGAAUCAUACGCCAUGUGGCCCGUGAACAUGUGGACGCAUCACUACGUGCACAGGGUUGUGAAUUGCGGGUUCACGCUUGUGGCGACGGUGACGAUUCAUAAGGUUACGAAGGAGAGCGUUCCUCUGCUGGGUGCGGGCCUGGAGGACAAGGGAAACACGAAGUUUGUGGGGCUGUCGUACACGCCGGCGAACGAGUGGGGUACAGUCUUCGACGGUAUCACGAGAACAAUACACAACAGCACUUGGAGGCCGGGGAAGGAGUACAAAGUGGCGCUCAUGCUGCAGGGCAACAAGGGCUCCGUGUACGUGGACGGCGUGCUUGUGGGGAAUACUAACAAACUACCACCCCUUAAGUCACGGAGGCGUGAUAUCUCUCACUUUUACUUUGGUGGCGGCGAAAACAGCAGUGUGACAGUAAAGAACGUCUUUUUGUACAACCGCCGACUAAGUGAAGAUAAGCUCAAAGCAGUUGGCCAGUCUGAUGUAUCUCGGAAAAGUGCAGGUGGCAGCUCCGAUGGAUCCGAGCAACGUGCAGGUGACAGCUCCACGCGUGCGGAUGUGUCUCGGCUGCUACUUUUGCUGUUUGUGGGGCUA